CUCCUCCACGAAACCCUAAUCGACUUCCACUUUCUUUUCUUGAGCUCGCAGUCGAGGUUUAACGGCGGAUAACAAUGCCGGCGGGACACGGGCUUCGUUCGCGAACACGAGACCUCUUCGCGAGGCCCUUCAGGAAGAAGGGGUACAUUCCCCUCACCACAUACCUUCGAACAUACAAGAUCGGGGAGUAUGUUGAUGUUAAGGUCAAUGCUGCCAUACACAAAGGUAUGCCUCACAAGUUCUACCAUGGAAGGACCGGAAGAGUUUGGAAUGUUACGAAAAGAGCUAUUGGGGUGGAAAUCAAUAAGCAGGUAAGGAACCGGAUCAUCAAGAAGCGAAUCCAUGUGCGCAUCGAGCACGUGCAGCCUUCCCGAUGUGCUGAAGAAUUCCGUUUAAGGAAGAAGAAAAACGACGAGCUGAAGGCGGGGGCGAAGGCUCGUGGAGAAAUCAUCAGCACGAAGAGGCAGCCUGACGGACCUAAACCUGGUUUCAUGGUGGAAGGCGCGACGCUGGAGACGGUCACACCCAUUCCAUAUGAUGUUGUUAAUGAUCUCAAGGGAGGUUAUUAAUUAAAUCACAAGUUUUAGGAUUUUAAUUUCUGUGGGUUUUCAUUAUUUUUCAUGUCAAAAUACUGAUGCAUGCUGUUUAAGUUUGAAGUUUUUUGAUGUUUGAGUUUCUAACUUGUUGAAGUAAUUAUCUGCC